CUUCAUAUCUCGAUGACUGACGUAGAGAAUGUCGAUGUGUUUUAUGUAAUCACCCUUUUAUCUCCACUAUCACCCUUCGCAGUAUGGACUCUAGAUGACUCAUUAUGAUUAUUUGAGAAAGCUCCUUUUCGCUGAAACUAUUCCUGCCUCACCAAUACUCCAGUAUGGUUAGAUCAAUCCUAUGCAAAACAGAAUGAGCCUCGUACUAUCUGCAGCGUCGCAAUUUACAUGGUAUGUACUUGGAAACCGAUCUGAUAAGGCUAUCAGUCAUUUGUACAUACAAUGAGUACCUACCUAAAUUCUGAAUUAGUUUCAAUUGCACCUUGAUAGAUAAAAUAUCUGUCGGUUAACAUGGCGACAGAAAACCUGAUUCUGGGAGUGGAUUAUUUUAAAACUGGGUCUGGUAUAUCGAAAAUCGUGGAAGAGGUAGCCAACUUCUUCGCAAUUGUAUGUGUAGCAGUCGGCGGGGCAAGUCCUACCGGGGAUGCAUUUCUAGUGUGCGCCUUCUUUGCUUUUAUAUCGUCUGCGGCACUCCUUAUACUUUAUGUUACACAGCUUGCCGCCAGAUUUGAUAUUCCCUGGUACAAAGUCGAAUUCGGUUUAUGUAUACUGUGGAUCGUAUUUUAUAUUAUAGUAUCAUCUCUGACACUUAUUAUAUGGACGCCCGCGUACACUGCUGGUGCGAUAUUUGGUUUUUUUGCAGUUUUCACGUAUGGAGCGGAUGCAUUUCUUAAAGUGAAGGCCACAUACUUUACGUAACUAAAUUAUAAUUAUUUCUGAUUUAAUAAAACGUUGUAAAUAUAA